ACUGGGCAGAAAGGGUCCCUCCCAGCUCCUCUCUGUCACUGUCUCCUCCUCUCCUCCUCUUUUUCUCCUCCUUUUUUUUUCUUUCUCUUUUUCUUUCUCAAACCUUUCCCAUCUUUCAGGCUGGUGGGUUUGCAUCACGUUGGGACACAAGUCUCCCCCUGGUUGUGAAGGGGCUUGUGAGGUUUGUGUGUGUGUGUGUCUGCCAGCAGAAGGAAGGGGAAAGGAAGAAAGCAGAGAGCAUCUUUCAGUAGAGCAUCUUUCAGCACCUUGGACAGAGCACGCAGCAAACAACAUGGCUCCGAUCGCAGCCACCCGGGAAGAAUUCGAUGAAAUUCCAACUGUGGUUGGAAUCUUCAGUGCCUUUGGGCUGGUCUUCACCGUCUCCCUCUUUGCUUGGAUCUGCUGCCAACGCAAAUCUUCAAAAUCAAAUAAAACCCCUCCUUACAAAUUUGUCCAUGUGCUCAAGGGUGUUGAUAUUUAUCCUGAGAACCUCAACAGCAAGAAGAAAUUUGGGGCAGAAGACAAAGGGGAAGCCAAAAACAAGCCUAUCAUGCCAAAGAGUUCUCUUCAUCUUGACCUCGAGAAGCAAGAUCUGAAUGGCAACUUCCCCAAAACAGUUCCUAAGAUACCAAGUUCUUCAGAUGUUGGGAACUUUACCCCAAAGGUCUUUCCUGAGAGGGAGACAGAUUCGGUGUCCCCUGAUAGCUUGAAGUCUAUCUCAUCAUUAACCUCUGAAGAGAAACAAGAUAAAUUAGGAACUCUCUUCUUCUCUAUUGAGUACAACUUUGAGAAGAAGGCAUUCAUGGUGAACAUCAAAGAAGCACAUGGCUUGCCAGCCAUGGAUGAGCAGUCAAUGACUUCUGAUCCAUACAUCAAAAUGACAAUACUGCCUGAGAAGAAGCACAAGGUGAAAACUCGAGUGCUGAGGAAAACCUUAGACCCAGCUUUUGAUGAAACCUUCACCUUUUAUGGGAUCCCAUAUACUCAGGUUCAAGACCUGAGUCUUCACUUUAUGAUCCUGAGCUUUGACCGUUUUUCUCGAGAUGAUGUCAUUGGAGAAGUCCUCUUUCCUUUGUCAGGGACUGAGUUGUCUGAAGGAAGAAUGCUGAUGAACAAGGAAAUCAUCAAAAAGAAUGUUAGGAAGUCUUCUGGGCGUGGAGAGUUGCUGAUUUCUCUUUGUUACCAGUCCACAACGAAUACUCUCACUGUGGUUGUUUUAAAGGCCAGGCACCUACCCAAAGCUGAUGUUUCAGGAUUAUCAGACCCCUAUGUCAAAGUGAACCUAUAUCAUGCCAAGAAAAGGAUCUCCAAAAAGAAAACCCAUGUCAAGAAGUGUACCCCCAAUGCGGUGUUCAAUGAACUCUUUGUCUUCGAUAUUCCCUGUGAGGGUCUUGAAGAUAUCAGCAUUGAAUUCUUGGUUUUGGAUUCAGAUAGAGGAUCCCGGAAUGAAAUUAUUGGCCGGUUAACCUUGGGGGCUUCUGCAGAAGGAACAGCUGGAGAGCACUGGAAGGAGAUCUGUGAAUAUCCUAGGAGACAAAUUGCCAAAUGGCACAUGCUGUGUGAUGGCUAACUGUAUAGGAAGAGGUUGGAACUUUUAAAACAAAGAAACAAAUAAACAAAAAUCCAUAGGCAAGGAUCAAUUUUCUUUCUUUGCAAUGUAUAAUCACAGGCUUGUGCCAUUAAAAAAAGGGGACUUUUUGUUAUUGUUGUUAAGACUGAAUUGAAUUGUCAAAACAAAAAAAUAACUAACUUUUUUCAUUUCAUUGAACUCUUUUUUGCUCCUCUUGACAACUGUAAUGAAUAUGACAUAAUUUCAUCAAAGGUUCAUAUUCUACUGGAGUUUACACAGCUAUAGAGACACAAAGUGCUGUAAACCCAAUUAAGAAGCCUUUUUAAAAGUACUAUAGUGCCAGGAAUACUAGAUUAUUUCUGUCACUGAGAUGCUGAUAAGCUCAUUAGUAUAUAUUACUAGGUAAAGAAUAACCGGAAUUUGUAAAGUUGAAAAAGAAUCAACCGAGCAAAUAGCAGGAGCAUUCACUUCAGCUUCAUGAUGGAUCUCAAUGAAAAUAGACAUCCCCUCCCCCCCAAAAAAAUGGCUAGGAGUUUAUACUUUGAGCAAUCCAAAGACUCAAAACAUUUUAAAGUCUUAUAUUGCAUGUAUCAGAGGUCCAAUUUGUUACUUAACUCAUGAUAUAUUUUAUUGGGGGGGGGAUAGGUUUCAUUAACUGACACAUGCAAAAUCUAGAGAAGCAACUCCCCCCCCCCCCAUGUUUAACUUUGCUUAAUAAAGGGCUUAGAUCAUACUGUAUGGUUAGGAUUUGUGCUUUAAAUAUAGCCUAUGGUAUUGGGUUUUUAAAAUUAUAAUUUCUUUUCAGCCAAAAAAAAUAUAUACAUUGAACAUUUCUAACCAAGGUUAGAAACUGAAAAAUCUUUCUUAUAUGUUUCUAUUUGUUUUAUUAUGCUAAAAAUAAAACAAAAAAGUCAUUGAAACCUUUUUUAAAACAAAAAACACACAAUUUAGAAGAGGUUAGGAUAUACACAGAAAGCACCAAUCCUGCAAGAACUCACUAUUAAAAGUCAUUCACCUUCAAAUAUGGGUUUGAGUAGAAUCAGGCUUCUGACUAGCUGUAUACCUCAUGCUGACUCAUAAGUAGAUGAGCUGUUUAUUGUAGCAAUUCACUUAACUCCAUAUCAUUUGUGCCAUUGUGUGACUGUUCUGAAUACUGAAGGGAUAGUGGGCGGGUCGUGUCUGGAGCAUAGCACUGUAGGGUGCAACAUGCAUGUAUCUCAUGACCAGAUAUUUAUUUAUUUAUUUAUUAUUUUUGCCAGCUAUGGGGAAGAAAGUUUGACCUAGGGCUAGGACUACAGAGUAUAUGUACCACUACCAGCCUGAGGAAUUUCCUGGCUUAAUGUUCCUGGGCAGCUGAUAAAAACAGAAACUUUGACAAUGCAUCCCAGUGGGCUGCCUAAUGUGGUGGAUGGGUGACACUCAGUUUGGUGGGUCCCAAAACUGUAUAGGUCAACACAAAAUAAAUCAAUGCACAAAUAUGAUAUCCCCUGUUGGAGACCUGCGGAAACCAUUCAUAUGUCUAGAAACAAAUUUAAGAUGUCAGGUUAGCACAACUGCAGUAGAAGAGUUUCCUACCUUAUCCUUUGUUAGUGGAUAACUGAGAUAUUGGGAGGAUUCUUCAUUCCAAUGCAAACUGGGAAAUCUACUACAAUUACAUUUGCCUCUGCACAAGUACCAUUAGAAAAUCCCAUGUUUGUGAAAAACAUAGAUAUACAUCGACUCAGCCUAAUAAAUUUUCCUAGUCUGACUUUAAAAGAAAAGGUGAGCAGGGAUCCUUCUCAGGAACAUCGCAUGGAUAAACAAGUCUUGACAUAAUAUUAUUUGAAUUUAUGUCUCCAUGGAAAUCAUUCUCAAUAGACUUGACUGGAAGCCAAGGUCACAUGGAAAUAUUAAGACCAGGAUUUCAUGUUAUCAAAGGGUCACAGGUUUGACCUUUUGAUGUUAAUAUGUACAAUGCUUUGUCUGAAGGGUAGGAUUUUGAACACUGUCUAACAGGAGAAGAUGCUUCAGGACUCGUAUCUCUGUAAUGUGCUGAAGCACUGUAUUUAUCUACCUGUCCCAGUGAUCUCUCUAAAGUGUGAAUAUCUUGACCCACUGCCCAUUAAUUUGGAAUUUGAAGUAUUUGCUAUUUGAGGCAGUCUGAUAUCUGACUUGAUGUCAUGAUCCACAAAUACAUAGCUGCUUACAUUAGAGCACAGUAUUAUAUGUGUUCUCUUGGUACCAUAACUGUUUCUGUGCUUUCUAUGUUGCUGGAACACUAUUUCAGCAUGACAAGCAGAUAAUAAAUCUGAAGAGUUAAGAAAGCCAUUUCCAUGGACUUUAAUGGGACCAAACAGGCUGGAAUAAAAAUACUUUGUUAGAACCGAAUUGUGGAUCAGAACCAAUGUACUCCAAGGCAUAAGUAAAAUAGACCCCUCAAGCAUUGACAGUGAAAUCAGGGUUCUAGCAAAUAUGCUGGAGGUUUGUGUAGAAUUUUAAUAGGAGCCUUCGUUUGACCAGAACAGGAUGAGCAAAGAAUGGAAUGUGAAAUAUGCAACAAAUAUUACUGAAAGAAUUCCAUUUGGAGUCUUUCAGGUUUUUGUGUUAGUAAUUUAUCCAGGUUUUUGAAUGAUGUGUUUGAUAUAACAGUGUUUAUAUAAGCUCUAAGGCAUUUUCACAACAUGCUUUUUAUUAAAAUGCUCUGUGUAAAAUAAUAAUAAUAAUAAUAGUGAUGCAACUUGUGUGUGUAAGGGAGUCAAAUCUAUUUUGUUUUGUUUAGACAAUUUGUAGGCCAAUAUCUGUCCAGGCUUGAAAUCCUCAGACUGCUUACUCCAGGACAGACCCAUUGAAAUUAUUAGGAUUUGGUUCUAAAACUAUGAUAAAGCCCAAGGAUGUCAGCAGAAUGAUUCUAAUAGGCUCUGAUAUGGAUCCUAUUUGAAAGGCAAUAUGUCUGUCAAACCAUGUGUUUUCUACUGAACUGAAUAGUUGAAGUAACCCAGUAAUGCUCAGAUGAAGUGUAGAAAUAGUGAAACUUCCAUAUGGAAACACCAUCCAAUCCAACCAUAAACAAACAAAAAAGGAGAUCCAAAAUCCAGAUACCCCUUAUUCAAGUUAAAUAGAAUCUUGCCAUUAUGGUCUGUAUGAAAGGUCUCUAUGAACUUACUCUUAAUGAGAUUGAUUUCAACAACCAAGAAUAAUAUUUGUUUUGCCCAUUGGUCUCCUGCAUUGUGAGUGAUAAGAACAUCCAUGUGUUGGGACAUUAAGUGUUCUUAUGUAGGAGAGAUCAAAAGGUCUCAUACAAAGUGUAUACAAAAUUUAGAACAUUGAUAGAAUCAUGGAAUCAUGGAAUCUCAGCAUCUUUUUAUGUGAGAGCCCUUCAGAUAUUUAAAGAUGGCUAUCACAGUAUCUCUUGAUUCUUUUUCCAGGUUAAACAUACCCAACGUCCUCAACUGUUCUUCAUAGGGCUUGGUUUCCAGACCUCUAAAAUCCUCUGCAGGAGUUCAUGUAGAAAGGGCUGCCUGGAAGUAGAAAAUCUGUAAAUCUCUGGUCAAACUCCUGGCAACCACAGCAUCCCUAGUUACUUGGUUUGAUGAAAAGUGUCAGCCAUCAUUCCCUAGCAGACCCCACAUUCUCCCUUCAGUAAUACACCUUGCUUUCUUUGUCUUCAAAUAAAAUCUGGGGCUGUGACAAUCUGUCAUUUUACAUCCAGUAGGUAAUAUCAAAAAGCCUGCCUUAAGUAGUGUGAGGGAUAAUUUUCCUACUGGUAGAAUGACAGCUAUUGGGGUGGGAGAGAACAGUUCUUUUUACACUGGGCAAAUUGUAAAUAGGGUCUUCUUUUUUAGAUCUUAAGAAAUGUUGUCUUGCAAAAUCCAGUUGUUAAUCCAUCCAGGAACCAGCUGGGAUUGAAAUAUAUGUGAUCAUGCCUUUAAGAUAUGAAAAAAGAGAAUUAAUUGCUGUUUUAUAAAGUAUUUGGUUCUUAAUGUGAAUAUCUUGAAAUCUGUUAAGGCUAAUGUCCUGUAUUAAAACUUGUAAAAUAAUGUUUGUCUAAGUAGAUAAGAACAACAACAAAAGAUUACUCCAAAAUCGGAGGUUAUUCAUGUUUGGAGACCUGUUGUAACUCAAUAACCAAUUUGUUAAUGAUGUUGUACAUUCAAUAGAAGUUCUUUGGGAGGAAGCAUGGUGUCGGAGGAUUUGUAUGUCUUUUGUGCCAGCUCUGUAUGUUGUGCCAUGUAUGUAAGACAAGAAUAAACUGCUACUUUCAUUCA